AUGCUGCAAAUAUUUCCGAAGAGGGAAGGGAUAAGCUCUUGCCUUGUACAGGUAAAUAAGAUAGGUCUAAAAACAAACCAAGUAAGAAACAUGAAGAGCAGUGUUUGGACAAAAAGUAUCAGUUGUUAUGGGAUGAAAAAAGGUAGCUGCUAUUGUAUGAACGGAUGGAUAAAGAAACAUAAUGGAGGAAUUAGUAUAAACGAGAAAAAGAAUUUUGCAAUAGGAGUAUUUGAAAGAAAAAAGCCUCAUAUGAAUAUUGGAACAAUUGGUCAUGUAGAUCAUGGUAAAACAACAUUGACAGCAGCAAUAACAAAAGUUUGUUCAAACUUAAAUAGAGGAAUUUUUAAAUCAUAUGAAGAGAUAGACAAAACACCAGAAGAACAAAAAAGAGGAAUAACAAUAAAUGCAACUCAUGUUGAAUAUGAAACGGAAAAAAGACAUUAUAGUCAUAUAGAUUGCCCAGGUCAUCUUGAUUAUAUAAAAAAUAUGAUAACAGGUACAUCCCAAAUGGAUGGAUCUAUCUUAGUUGUUUCUGCAUAUGAUGGCUUAAUGCCACAGACAAAAGAACAUGUAUUAUUAUCUAGACAAAUUGGUAUAGAUAAAAUAAUAGUUUAUUUAAAUAAAAUAGAUAUGUGUGAAGAUCAAGAUUUAAUAGAACUCGUUGAAUUAGAAAUAAGGGAAUUAUUAUCAUUUCAUAAGUAUGAUGGUGAUAAUGUUCCAUUUAUUAAAGGAUCAGCAUUAAAAGCAUUAAAUGAUGAUAAGACAGAAUAUGGUGUACCAUCUAUUCUGAAACUUUUAGAUGCUUGUGAUAAUUAUAUAGAUGAACCUAAAAGAAAAAUUGAUUUACCAUUCCUUAUGAGUAUAGAUGAUGUAUUACAAAUAUCUGGAAAAGGAACUGUAGCUACAGGAAGAGUAGAACAAGGUACUCUAAAACUAAAUGAUCAAGUUGAAAUAUUAGGUAUAAAAGAUAAACCCAUAAAAACUAUUAUUACAGGAAUUGAAAUGUUUAAGAAAACAUUAGAUACAGCACAAGCAGGAGAUCAAAUAGGUAUUAUGCUGAAAAAUGUAAAAAGAAAUGAUAUAUGUAGAGGUAUGAUAAUUACAAAAACGGUAAAUAUGAAAACAUAUAAAAAAUUUCAAAGUGAUGUCUAUGUAUUAAAGAAUGAAGAAGGUGGAAGAAAAAACCCAUUCUCUUCUUAUUAUAGGCCCCAAGCUUAUAUACGAACGGCCGAUGUCAAUUGUGCUGUCAUUCUUAAUGAGGAUACGCAAGUGGCCAAUCCAGGUGAUAGUAUUAAGUGCACCAUUGAGCUCAUGUACCCCCUUGCCAUUACCAGCGGCCUGCGCUUCUCCUUGCGCGAGGGCGGUAGGACUGUGGCCUCGGGAAUCAUAACGAAGGUCAUAUAG